GUGAGCCAAAAAUGGGGGGUUUGACCCUUUCAGCGUUUCGGACUCGCAAAAUCGUUGAUUUUUUUGCAUUUGGUAAACAGAGGUUGCGGAUAGCGGCUCCGAUGAAACCGCUGGAAAUUGGAUUUCGGCAGUUUGGAAUAAUUACUAAAUUCACGCGUUUGCCGUCCCAUCUUCCUAAAUAAUUUUUCGUUUCAGCCGCUUGAAGCAUACGUUGGACUACUGUGCUUUCAGCUGGACUGUGCUUUGUUCACAGAGUUGUUUUCUCCCGUCGGGAUCUUGUUUUGAUUUCUAGCGGUAUUGCUAUUUUUAAUUUCAUAGAUAUGUAACUCUUUGUAGUUUGCACGUUUGUUCUUUUUUAAGGAUUACAAACAAUCAUCUAUGUUUGUACUGUGUAGUAUGCAUGGGCGGAUCUGCGGGGGGGGGGGGGGGGGGAGCCCCUGCUUCGGCCAUACGAGCUAUGUAUUAAUGUAUAGGGGAGGGCUUGGAAGGGCCGCAUGGCUGGUCCAUAGUUUCCGUCAAGCAGGAUGUGUGUGUUGCAGAGCUUCUGGAGGACAGGGACGAUGGGGAAAGGGGUGGCUUUGUUUUUUAAUUUGGACGACGUCGUUCCAGUGGCCAUAAAAAAAGAAUCCAGGGCCUGUCAGGCCAACUCGCAAGGCCCAAGCUUCCAAGCAGGAGAGGUAAGCCGUGCCGCCGCCGCCACACCGGACCACCAUGCGUGUCCCGCUGUCCGGCUUCCGCAGUCUGCCCUUAUUAUAUGUUUUCCUAUUUUUUAUUUCUUAAUAAAAUUAAAUAUUUGGUAUUUCAAUGAUUCAUUAUUAAGUUUUUUAUAAUUCAUAAAUAUGAUUUGAAAAAUAUGUUCACAUGUAGUGUAAAGUAGUUACUAAUUUGUUGGAGUAUUACAUUAUAUAUUAAGAUGUCUGUAAUAAAUUAAUAAUUGAUAAUAGAAUGAGAAUGUCAAUUGAGAAAUUUCUUUCCGGACUAAA